AUGAGUGGAGGCUCGACGUAUUGGUACACGUACAUGCACACCAACAUGUCGCGCGUUGAUUUUGUCUUAGCAAGUGCCAAGAGCAUGAGCGUCAAGUGGAACCUGAAAAUGUCGGUAAUCCUCACCAGUGUGUCGUUCGUUCGCAGCCUCGUCGUGUUGGACGGCCGCGCUGCAAGUGUUCUCGAAAUUGUCGCUCUAGGCGGACAUCAAGCCGAUGGUAUGGCACCCCCCCAGUCACAGCAUCCUUGUCACUCAAAGGAAUCCAUGAUCGUGAUCUGGAAACUCCACUCGGCGCCGCUCCACCGGUACCAAGCACACACUACCGUGUCGGUCUUCGAGCCGACAAACCGAGCUGCACUUAUCAUAAACUCGGCUCUGCAAGGCGACGUAGUUGACACCCACAAGCCAACGAAACCACAGCCAGAGAAUCAAGGGUUCGACGACUCCAACUCUGAGCCGUACAGCAUCGAGUCUCCCCGGGACGACAUCCACCAGAACCAUCGCACAGCAUACGAUUUUGACGACUCCAUCGAGGACGAGUUUCCACACAUUUCCAACCUGUACAGCCACCACCACUUGCUUCUCCUGACCGACUUGGCGCUUCACGAUUACAACUGCGUCGUGGAAAUUUAG